AUGGCGGAAAUAGUGUACCCGCAAGGCUGCCGCCCAAUAACCGAUGACCUAGGUCCGGAUGAACUUGUCCGAAGACUUAAGGCGCUCGCCCACACCUUACAAGGUCUUGGGCAAGAUGAGGGCAUGUACCAACAGUAUAUACCACUGGCAUUACACCUGGCCGAUGACUUCUUCCUCUCACACCCCUCAAGGGAUGUGCAACUGCUUAUUGCUUGCUGCAUCGCUGAUGUGUUGCGAGUAUAUGCACCAGAGGCACCAUAUAAGGAUCAGGAACAGGUCAAGACGAUAUUCCUGUUCCUGAUCAAUCAGUUACAAGGUCUAAAGGACCCGAAGGAUCCAGCGUUUAAGAGAUACUUCUAUCUUCUGGAAAACCUGGCUUAUGUGAAGUCAUUUAAUAUGUGCUUUGAACUUGAGGACUGCCAAGAGAUCUUCUGCGCACUUUUCUCGCUCAUGUUCAAAAUUGUUAACUCAGAACACUCAUCCAAGGUGAAAUCCUUCAUGCUGGACGUCCUCUGUCCGCUAAUCACAGAAUCGGACGUUGUCUCAAACGAGUUAUUAAAUGUCAUACUAAUUAAUCUAGUGGAGCCCAAUAAAAGGGAUAACAAACAUGCAUACGCACUUGCUAAAGAACUCUUGGCUAAGACUUGUGACACCCUGGAGCCAUAUAUACAAGCGUUUUUCAACCACGUUCUAAUCCUUGGCAAAGAAGAAAAAGGUCUUCUUAUAUUUUCAAAAGUUUAUGAAUUAAUUUACGAGUUAAAUCAGUGCUGUCCCACGGUCCUACUGUCUGUCCUCCCACAGCUCGAAUGCAAGCUAAAAUCGGCUCAAUUCCAAGAGCGGUUAAGCGCUGUUGCCUUACUGGCUAGAAUGUUCUCUGAACCCGGCUCGGAACUUGCCAAGCAAUACCCCGCUCUAUGGCGGGCGUUUUUAGGUCGAUUCAACGAUAUCUCAGUUCCAAUUAGAAUCAAAUGUGUCCAAUAUUGUAUGCAUUUCCUUGUCCACCACCGGGAUUUGAGGCAGGAUAUCACAGAUACGCUUAAAAUGAGACAGCACGACGCUCAUGAGCAAGUGCGGUACGAAGUCGUUAUGGCAAUAAUAGCGACCGCUCAAAGAGAUUUCGAAGCGGUAGCCGAGUCUGAAGAUUUACUACACUUCGUCAAAGAGAGGACUUUGGAUAAAAAGUUCAAAAUACGCAAAGAAGCCAUGUCAGGUCUAGCAAUGAUUUACAAGAAAUUCCUAACGGAAGACAGUGUACCUCCAGCAACGGAAAAAGCGGUUGAAUGGAUCAAAGACAAAAUCCUCCACGGGUACUACAUGACAGCUAUCGAAGAUCGACUCCUGGUUGAGAGGCUCCUGAACACGUCCCUGGUGCCAUACACCCUCCCGCCGCAGACUAGAAUGAAGAAACUCUACUAUCUGAUGUCGAAUGUCGGCGAUAAUGCCACUAAAGCGUUUAUUGAAUUGCAAAAACACCAACUGGCGGUGCGUAGGACGGUGGCUGAGUGGGUGGAGUUGCACAGGAAGCCGCCGACCCCGCAGGUGCAGAAGGAAAUGAUAACUAAAGUGCUGCACAUAAGCUCCAAGUUCUUGCCGGAGUCGGUGAAGGCGCAGGAGUUUUUAAAUCAGUUCUCGGAGCAUAUGAAAAAGGCGCCGGAGUUGUUGCAGGGAAUGGAAACGAUUUUGAAUCCGAAUGUUAGCUGUGAAGUCUGUGUUCGGACGACUUCAAGCGUUCUUAAAAAGCUUGGUCAGCCGGUGAUGACCAAUAUAUACUAUAAUACAGUGAAAAUGCUCCUUGAGCGAGUGAGUUCAGUGAUGGUAGACCAUGAAUCUUUGUUAAUCCUUGUCGGUUAUGUGGAAGGUGCUGUGAGGGGAACAGAUACUUCAAUAGCUGAAGAAUGUGGUAUAGACAUACAAAAGGCCGCAUCGCGCGGUCUCAAACUCAUAGUGAUGUUGUCGUUUGUGUUUCCGGCACAUUUCUUACACGAGGACGUUCUGAAUCGUCUCACUUCACUAUUGGAGUUGGAUGAUGAAACUAUAGCCCCACAUAUUCUCGCUGCGUUGACUUUCCUCGGGAAAUAUAGACCUUUGGGUGAAGCAUGCCCGACAUUGUUUCCAAAAUUGAUAACAUUAUGCAAAGCUUAUGCUGAAGUUGGAACACCGAAACAAGCCAAGAAUGCCGUCAGAUGUCUCUUCGUAAACGUUCCGGAGCAGAGGACACAGAUAUUCACAGAAAUACUUGAGACGUUGAAGAGUACGCUGAAUCCGCAGUCGGAGCACUACAGGACGGCGAUAGUUACGUUGGGACAUAUUGCACACAAUUUGCCUGAUAACUUCCCUGUUCACAUCAAGAAUAUUGUUUCUAGAAAGAUUGUAAAAGAGCUCUUAGUCCGCGAAGGUGGCGGCGGCCCCAAUGCCCCACAAGGGGACUGGUGUUCUGAAGAUGAGUUGCCCGAGGAGACCCGAUGCAAGUUGGAAGGUCUCAAAUGUAUGGCACGAUGGCUGCUGGGGCUGAAGAAGGAUGAACUGUCAGCUCAGAAGACGUUUAGGAUGCUGAACGCGUUCAUCACGCAUAAAGGAGAUUUGUUGCAGCAAAACCAGUUGUCUAAAGCGGAAAUGGCGCACUUGAGGCUGGCUGCGGGCGCGGCCAUGUUGAAAAUCUGUGAACAGAAAGGAGUCGGGGAUCAGUUCACCGCAGAGCAGUUUUAUAAUUUGUCACAUCUUAUUGUGGACGAUGUACUACAAGUCAGAGAAACCUUUGCUGCAAAAUUACAUAAAGGAUUAUCGAAGGGCAUACCAAACAAAUGCCUGCCUCUAGACUUCAUGGGUAUGUACGCACUGGCGGGCCGAGAGCCGGACAGACGCGUGCGGGGCAUCAUACGGCAAUAUAUGCUAGCGGACGUAGUGCGGCGCAGGGAAUACGUACGGAAUAUUACUAUUGGGACCAAGGUGGAGCAAGCAGUGAGCCAGCUUCCGCACAUAAUGCCGGACUACAUGCUGGUGUUCGCUGUACCGGUGUUGACACACGACCCGACGUUCACCAACUACGAUAAUGUCGCACAGCUUAAGACGAUGAAACAGUGCCUCUGGUUCAUCCUGGAGCCGCUGAUCACGCGAAAUGACUUCUACUGCUACAGCUUCUAUAAGAACCUUGUCGAGAAGAUGAAAUUACACAAGGACGCGCUGAAUGAGACGGACGAUAGUGUUAACUUUAAAUUAUGGGCAAUCUGUGACCUAUCGAUGUCCGUGAUAUGGUCUCGGUCCACGAGCUUCGAAAUGCGAGAGUUCCCCUCGGACGUCCGCAUUCCCACGAUGUACUUUGCGCCUCAGAGCGAGUGCUUCGUUAACACGAGGGUCUUUUUACCGCCUGAAUUACAGUUCCAACCAAAACGCGGUCAGCAAAUGGAGCACACAGUGGCGCCUCGUGGCAGAAAGAGAGUUCGGCCCAUACAAAAUAAAGAAGACAAUUCUAACGAAUGCGAGCCGUCAGAAGCGUCAGACACACAGAUAAUAGUGCCAGGAUUGGAACACCCGCCUGAGACUGAUUUAGAAGAGCCACAGGCAAAGAGAAUGGCUGACUCAAUAUUGGUUUGA